GCACACAGUUCCUGCUCAGAUGUGGAGAGAAGCUCAGGGGAAACAAGCCGAUUGGUACGACUCUACUUUCAGCUCCACCCAUUCUGCUAUCCUCUAUCUCCAUGGAAACGCAGGCACCAGAGGAGGAGACCACCGAGUGCAGCUCUACAAGGUCCUCAGUUCCUUGGGUUAUCAUGUGGUGACGUUUGAUUACAGAGGGUGGGGGGACUCAGACGGAUCUCCGUCAGAGGGGGGGAUGACAUCAGAUGCCCUCUUCAUGUACGAUUGGCUAAAACACCGCUUGGACGACAAAACACCGCUUUACAUCUGGGGACACUCUCUGGGGACAGGAGUUGCCACCAACCUGGUUAGACGGCUGUGUGACAGAGGAAGUCCUCCUGACGCUCUGAUCUUAGAGUCUCCGUUCACCAACAUAAGAGAGGAGGCCAAGAGCCACCCCUUCUCCAUGGUGUACAGGUACCUGCCUGGCUUUGAUUGGUUCUUCCUGGACGCCAUCACGGCCAACAACAUCCGCUUCUCCAGCGAUGAGAAGUACGUCUCCUCCUCUCUGACUCAUCGCUGA